CACCAACCGCCCAGCUCGCUGUCGCUAUGACCAAGACAAUGCUUCACACGGGUACUCUAACGGAUGUGGCAGCCUCGAACUCCAUUUUCGAGAUCCUGUUCAAGAACAUGGAGAGUCAUGACAACCCGCAGGAAGAAGAACCCAGUGUCACAAAGGAGAAGGAACCCGAAAAAGACAGUCAUCAUCAACCACAACAACUUUUCAUCCCCGUCAAGCAGCCAACUCUACUCGGAGAUCUGCACUUGCUCCAGCAACUCACCCAGCAGCUCCAUGCGGCAACUCUGAGUACUGCUAGCAGCAGCAACAACCACGACGAUGGCAACGUGUCAUCGAUGAAUGUCGAGACGGAAAAACUUGCCACUUUGUACUGCCGUCGUGCUGCAGCAUUGCUAGCGUUCGUCGACUACGACGCUACCUCUUCAGUGCCUCUCGACAUUCUAGCGUCCGAUUCGUGGGCUAUCAACACGGACAACGCGAACCAACCAGCACCAGUGCGGGAAGCAGUUCGACAGGCACUGCAAGACUCGCAAGCUGCUGCUGCGCUUACCUCGAACAACGCAACACUUGCUGAAGCUCACUUACUCUCAGCUUAUUGCUCGCGUAGUCUGGGAGAGCUCACGCAUGCACGUGCAUUUGCUGCGCUUGCAGCAACAGCGUUACCAGAGAGCUCUGCUAUCAAGAAUUUGGCUGAGCAGCUAGACGUGGAAGCUCGUGCUGAGGUGGCAAACCUUUUGCCAAAGCUGCGUAUGUCGUCCGCAACACUGUCGACGCUAUUUGAUCAAACCGCCGUGAGUCAACACGAAAAUGAAGAAAACAAUAACGACCAAGACGAACAAAAGGCAACAAAGGUGACGUCGUCGGCUGCACCGACGCCUACCGUCCCAGUAGCGCAAAACUCAUUCUGGAGUCAAGUAGCUACACACUUUCAAAUUCUCGAAGAAGCAGCCCAUUCGACGUGGUUGGGAAAACUGGAGCGUCUUAUGCAUCAAAACGUCCACCAUCGCUGUGCUCAACCUCCCGAGACACUUCAACUAGAUGCUGCACUACAGGCUACACUUGCUACGUUGGCUCUACUCCUCCAGAGUAGUGCUGCGUGCUCAGUGCUUGGGCUGAACAUGACAGAAGACGCGGCUGCUCGAACACUAGAGAAACUCCAGCAAGCUGCUGCGUCCUCUUCACAAACGGUAGUGCAGAACCGCACUGCCAGAAAAUGGAUCGUAGAGACCUGGGCCCCUGCAGUGCGUCGCGUAGUGGUAUCAUCUUCCAAGUCGCCACUCGUCGACUUGUCCAGCGACGUUCUAUUGAUGCUGUCACGUCUACUACAAGCAUCGGGGAGCUGGAGACAGUGCACUGCGAUGGCUCACAGCUUGGCGUACGCCGAAAUGAGCUACGAGCUAGCAAAGCUCUUCCGUGGGAACUUCACAGACCCGUCAGCAUGGACGCGUCUGGAGAUGAAGUGUGCUGAAGCUUACGCUGUGGCACAACUACAACGAGCUUCUGGACAUACGGAGGCACUGAAAACGUUCCGGGAAACGCUGCAGGCCGCGCUUCAGGUCGGAGACCAGGAGUACGAGCUUCGAACGCGUCUUCAUGUAGCGCGAGUGUUGCGACUCAAGAACGAGCCCGAUAUCGCACACGCCGAGCUAGUCCUGCUGCUAGAGCGCAGUCGAGCUCUGAACGACGUGCACUACGAAGCGAUGGCAGAGUACGAGCUGGGCGACCAUUUCGUGCGCCAAGAGAACAUUGAGGCAGCACAAGAGCAUUUCCAAGCAGCUCAAGCGCUGUGCAAUCGCACAGGAAACUGCGCAAACUCAUGGCGACCGUCGUCUAUUCAGCAAGCCAUUGCUUUCUACGCACGUUUGAGACCCACGGUUCGUCGUGGAGCCAUGCGCUGUAGCGUGUCGAGUCUACUGCACCCAGUUAACGACGGGGACAAUGUCGACAAUGAUGAGACCGAGGCGCAAAAUGACGAAGAGAGUGAUAACGAAGAAGAGGAAGAGCGCCAACCUCCUAAAAGGCGUCAAGCGUUUUGUCGGAAGGAAACAUCGCUACAGCCGCGCUCGUUAAUGAGCACGAUCCUGAGCACGACCGGGGCCAAUGCGCUGUACGGCCCCAAGCCGAAGCGCACGCUGUCUUGGCGCGAGACCGUAUUCGCGACGAUGUGGUCUGGUGACUGCGAUGCUGAAGAAACUACGCUGUAG